AUGGGCAAGGACAAGCAGCCCCGCGGCCAGCACAGGCAGGGGGGGCCGGCCGCGGACGCCGCCGGGCCCGACGACAUGGGGCCGAAGACGGGCAAAGGGGCCCCCAAGGAGUGCGGGGAGGAGGAGGCCCGGACGUGCUGCGGCUGCCGGUUCCCGCUGCUGCUCGCGCUGCUGCAGCUGGCCCUUGGCAUCGCCGUGACCGUGGUGGGCUUUCUCAUGGCGAGCAUCAGCUCCUCCCUGCUAGUCAGAGACACUCCAUUUUGGGCUGGGAUCAUUGUCUGCUUAGUGGCCUAUCUUGGUUUGUUUAUGCUUUGUGUCUCAUAUCAAGUUGACGAACGGACAUGUAUCCAGUUUGCUAUGAAACUCUUGUAUUUCCUGCUGAGUGCCGGGGGCUUGACAGUCUGCGUGCUGGCCGUGGCCUUUGCCGCCCACCACUAUUCGCAGCUCACCCAGUUUUCCUGCGGGUGGGCUCUCGACGCCUGCCACUGCAAACUGCCCUCCGUGGAGCCCCUCAGCCGGACCUUUGUGUACCGGGAUGUGACCGACUGUACCAGCAUCACGGGCACGUUCAAACUGUUCUUACUCAUCCAGAUGAUUCUUAACUCACUCUGUGGACUCUUGUGCUUGCUGGCCUGCUUCGUGAUGUGGAAACACAGGUACCAGGUUUUUUACGUCGGUGUCAGAAUGUGCUCCCUCACGGCUUCCGAAGGCCGGCAGCAAAAGGUCUAGCAUUCUUGCUUGCAGGUGGGAGAGGAAUCAGCCCAGUGACUAGCUGAGGUCAAAAAAGAGAAGAAGGAGGAAGAGAGAGAGGAAGAGAGAGAGAGAAAAAAAACUUUUGACAGUAAUAACUAAUAGUCACUGUUCUAAAGGAAUAUUUUUGUAUUUUUCAGGAAAUAAAAGCAUCUCAUCACGUUUCUAUAGUAUUUUUAAAAACUCUUACAGGGAAAAUAAGAUCCAAAUUGACUUUGGGAUGUUAAAGGAACAGGGAACAGGGAAAGAACGGCAUGCAUCUAUCCUUGCCGCCUGGAAUUUACUCCUCGUGUAGAUUUCCCCCGCUUUCUGAAAGUAGAGCAUUCCCACCCAUGCAAACUUUCGUAAA